GAAGAUGCUAAAAUCAUCUAAAAAAGUCGAUCAUCAUCAACAAACGGAUCAAGAUUUAUCAAACGAUGAGGAAAAAAUGAAGAAAAUGCUAAUAUCGGCUAGUGAUGAUGUUCUGAAUGGAUCAGGAGGUCAUUUAGCGGAACUUCUUCCAACACUCCGCACUGAUAAAAAUAAACCAAUCAGUGAUGAUAAUCUGGAGAAAUUGUUUCUCAUGCUUUGUGGCGAUACUGGAAAAGAAUACGACUCGGAUGACAGUAUCAUCUCGGAAAUUGAUCAUAUGGAUGCGGAGGAGAUUGCGUCAAAAGAUGCACGUUUCCGCGAAGUGCUUGCAUCGAUCAACACAAUGCCAAAAGAAUACGAACGUGUUCAGGCAAUUCUGAACAUUGGAAAUGAGACGAAAUCUGAAAAGGAAGAACGAAAAAAGAUGGUACAAGAGUUGAGAUAUGAACUUAUGCCAAACGAAGAAAGGGAUAGAGUUGAGUACCAAAGAAAGAAAACAAAGAAACUUGUGGAUGGUUUGCUGAAACACACUGCGAAAGUUUUCUAUGUGGAUGUAGAAAAAAAGUCUAAAGAAGAUCCGUCUCCACCACUUGUCACAUGUUCCACUUUUGCCCAGCUUCUUGAGAUAAUGGCAGAACUUGUUCAAGAAGAUCCACAAAAUGAUGAAUACGAUCACAGAAAACAUAUUGCUAAUAUUGAUUCGGAAGAAUUCGAGAAAAAGAUCAAAUUCAUGGGAAUCCGUGGAAAUUUCUUCAAAGAGGACAAGUCUAUUGCUGACUACACGAAGAAAAAAGUUCGAAAGAUUUUUUUGGAUAAUGCAGUGAAGAAAGUUUUUCGAAAAAACCGUUAUGGGUUCAAAUUCAAUACGAAAGAUUGCUUGCUCGCACUGGAGAAUUACUACACCCUGAACAAACCCAAAGUUGAUAAUGGUUCCAAUGCUAAGCAAUUGUCAGUUCGUAUUCGUCCUCUUAUCAAAUCAUGUUUCAACGUGGCUCGCAGAACGGAUCCGAACUUUAUUGUCACGGAAACCGUCAAGAUGGUUCUUGAUAUUUAGAAGCUCCUAACCUGCCACUUUUUCCUAUAGAAAAUCUCAUAUUUAUUUACAAUUUUCCCGCUUUUCGAAGAAUUGAUCUCCCUGUUCCCCAGUGCUUUCUACGUUCAUUUAUAGAAGUACGUGUUGGCUUUUUUCAUUUCACUUUCAAAAAUCUCGACGUCUAUUUACGGUGUUUUUACAAUGCUUCCGUUUUUGCAUGUUCCGGUUUGUUUCUCACUCUUUCUGUAAGUAAAUAUGUCGAAUUUUUC